AUGAAAGCAACCGAUCGAAGUAUUGCAAGUAUGAAGCCUGCGAAAAGCUUUUCUGACAAUCAGGCUCGUAUCAAUAGUCUCGAUUUUAGUGCUGAUGGGACACAAAUGAUUUCAUCUUCAGAUGAUGAUUCAAUCAUAAUGUAUGACUGUGUUGUUGGUCAGAAAAGCCGAUCUGUAAACAGUAAGAAAUAUGGAGUGGAUUUGAUCCAGUUCGCACAUAAUACCUCUAAUGCCAUACACUGUUCAACUAAAGUUGAUGAUGUGAUAAGGUAUUUAUCGCUUCAUGACAAUAAAUAUAUUCGGUAUUUUCCUGGGCAUCAAAAAAAGGUAGUCACAUUGUGUAUGUCACCACUAGAUGAUAUGUUUCUUUCUGGUUCUCUUGAUAAAACCAUCAGACUAUGGGAUUUGCGAAUGCAGAGUUGUCAAGGCUUGAUGCAUGUCCCUUCUCGUCCUGUUGCAACUUUUGAUCCCGAAGGACUCAUUUUCGCUGCAGGUAUCAAUUCUGAUACUAUCAAGUUGUAUGAUCUACGGUCAUUUGAUAAGGGUCCUUUUACAACAUUUAAACUGGAAAAUGAUGGCACUGGUGGAGAUUGGACUGGACUGAAAUUCUCUCCUGAUGGCAAAAUGAUUAUGAUUAUUUCCAAUAGCGCCAAUAUCAUUUUAAUUGAUUCAUUUAAAGGCACAGUUAUACAUACAUUGAAAGGUCAUGAAAAUAGCAAAGGUAUUGAACUCGAUGCUACAUUUUGUGCGGAUGCUCAUUAUGUAUUCAGUGGUUCAACGGAUGGUCAUAUAAUAGCUUGGUCAACUGUUACUGGUCAAAGAGUCGCUAGAUUGCCAUCUGGACAUUCACCUUUAAUCCACAAAAUAUUAUUUAAUCCACGAUAUUUUAUGUUGGCCACAGCAUGCACGAUUUUGGUAUGUUUGCACAUAUCUAAUGUUAAUUUAAUGUUUUCAGUUAUCCACUAA